AUGCGAGCAAGCAGGGUUUUGAAAAAGAUUCAUAUUCACACUGUUUCGAAACUCAUCGAGGUAUCGCGAGAGUACAAGAUGCGCCUCACCUUGAUCGACUUGAAGAAGGCCUUCGACUCAAUUGAGACGGAAGCGGUCAUGAAAGCCUUGGACAACCAAGACGCCCCUGCUCAGUACAUAAAGGUACUUCGAGAGUUGUACAGCAACUUCACGACCGGAAUUUCGCCAUUCUACAACAAUAUCAUCAUUGACGUGAAGUGGGGAGUCCGACAGGGUGAUACAGUCUCACCCAAAAUAUUCGCAGCCACCCUCGAAAACGCAAUGCGAAUGUUGGAAUGGGACGAAAGGGGAGUGAAGAUCGGCAGCUACACCAUUUGCGCUUUGCUGAUAACACCUAGUAUCAGUCAAGCGGAACGGAUGCUGACCAAAUUCGACGAAUGUGGAUGCAUUGGGCUUCAGCUAAAUCUGCAAAAGACGAUGUUCAUGCAGAAUGGAUGGAUCUCGGAUGACCCAUUCACGCUCAACGGAACGAACAUAUCCGAACGCACCAAAAUGAUGAACGACCUCACCCUUGAGUUGGGUAGGAGAAGAUGA